AUGGCAAUGGUGGAACCAGUUGUUGGACAACAUUUGUCGCACCUAGUGGUACUCAACACCCUCGUGAGACCGUCAUCCCCCUUCUGUGUGAGAGUUGCAAAUCUAACCAAUGACGAUUUGUGGAUCCAGCCAAGGACAAGGAUAGGUGUUCUUCACGCAGUCAGCAACAUCGAAAGUGGUGUGGAAUUCAAGAGAGUGUCAGUCAACGAAGAAAUGGUUACGGUGCAAGAUAGCGAGAACACAUCAAUUCCAGACGUCGUGGACAAUACUGAAUGUCCUUGCAACGGACUUUCCCCAGAGCAGCAAGAAAAGCUGGACGCACUGUUGAACAAGCAUGCUUCCGUAUUUUCAAAGUCAGACGAUGACAUUGGCUACACGGAGACGGUUAAACACAAGGACGGAGGAUGACAACCAGGUUAUGCAACCCUACAGACGAACUCCCCCAAAUCAAUACCAAGAGGUGAAGGAACACAUUCAGAAAUUACUUGAUAGCUCAGUCAUUCGCGAAAGUCACAGCCCUUAUGCAUCUCCUAUUGUGUUAGUGAGAAAGAAGAACGGCUCCCUUCGCCUGUGCGUUGAUUAUCGAAAGCUCAACUUAAGAACGCAAAAGGACUCAUUCCCCUUACCCCGGAUAGACGAGUCACUUGAUGCUCUCAAUGGUGCACAGUGGUUUACAACAUUAGAUCUUACAAGCAGUUUUAAUCAGGUCGCAGUCGAAGAGAAAGACAAACCGAAGACCGCAUUCACUACUCCGUUUGGACUGUUUGAAUAUAAUCGAAUGCCGUUUGGCCUCUGUGGUGCCCCUGCAACGUUUCAGCGACUGAUGCAAAGCUGCCUUCACGACCAGAUCUAUCAACUGUUGUUGGUUUACCUCGAUGACGUUAUUGUUUUCUCAAAAACAUUUGACGAACACUUGGAAAGACUGGAUAAAGUUUUAACGAGGCUAGCGCAACAAGGGUUAAAGAUAAAGCGAGAGAAAUGCAGUUUUCUUAGAAAAGAAGUUUCGUAUCUGGGAUAUGUGGUUUCAUCUGACGGUGUCUCGACUGACCCUGACAAAAUAUCCGUGGUGAAAAAUUGGCCGGUACCCAAGACUGUGAAAGAACUUCGCUCGUUUUCUUGGAUUUGCUAGCUACUAUCGUCGCUUCGUAAAAGAUUUCUCCAAGGUCGCUGACCCACUGCAUGAAUUACAGAACCGGUGUUUACACGAACUGAAACUAAAGAAACAUCUGUUAGUACCCUUCCCAAAGCGUUGGGAAAUUGUUUAUCAACAAGCCUUCGAUAGGCUUAAGCAUUUGUUGACAACUGCGCCAGUAUUGGGAUAUGCAGACUUGUCGCAACCAUUCAUACUUGAGACUGAUGCUAGCCACCAAGGACUUGGUGCGGUUCUUUCCCAAGAACUUCAAGGAAAGAGACGGGUUAUUGCGUACGCAAGUAGACGACUAAGACCAACUGAACGCAAUAUGGACAAUUAUAGCUCCAUGAAAUUAGAAAUGUUGGCUUUGAAAUGGACAAUACUGAAUGUCCUUGCAACGGACUUUCCCCAGAGCAGCAAGAAAAGCUGGACGCACUGUUGA